UAGCCUGAAAAAAACGAAUUGAAUCACAAAAGAAACUCGCCACGAAAAUUAUCCUCUUCUCCUGCAACUUGCACUUUGCUUCAUAACCUUGUUUCUGUGUCCAAGAAGAAACCAACCAAAACAGAGAGAGACAAAAGUGAAAAUAAUAAUCUAAAAAUGGGAAAGAAGUGUGAUUUAUGCGAGGGUGUUGCAAGAAUGCACUGCGAGUCAGAUCAGGCGAGUCUCUGCUGGAACUGCGACGCUAGAGUUCACGGCGCUAACUUCCUCGUCGCUAAACACACUCGUUGCCUUCUCUGCAGCGCCUGCCAGUCACCCACCCCGUGGAAGGCCACCGGUCUCCGUCUCGGCCCUACCUUCUCCAUCUGCGACUCAUGCGUCGCUCUUAAAUCCGCCGGUGGAGCAGGUGUCAGCACCGAUCAAAGUCAGGAGGUCAGUGAGGUUCGUCGGCUCAGGAGCCGGGAUGAUAGCGCCGAGUCUUACGACGAUGGUGAGGACGAAGAUGAAGAUGAGGAGUACAGUGAUGAAGACGAAGAGGAGGAUGAUGAUGUUGACGACGAUGAGGAAGCGGAGAAUCAAGUGGUGCCGUGGUCUGCGGCUGCGGCUGCGGCGGCUCAACUUCCUCCGGUGAUGAGUUCGUCGUCUUCUGACGGCGGAGGUGGAGAUCUUGCGACGAAGAGGACGAGGAGGGACUACUCCGAUGAGGAGAUCGGAUGUUCAUCAUCAGCUCAAGAGUCAAACUUUUCGCCGCCGUUGAAACGACAAUCAAGAGAUGACGUCGCGUUCAAAGGAGAGAGAGUGUCGAACGGCGCCGUUGAUUCAUCUCCUUCAUCGUCGUCUUCUCUCAUCUUUGCCAUCUCCAAAACCAGGGGAGAUCUCAGCCGUUGAUUCUCCAUCUUUUUAUUUUAGUAAAUCACCACCGUCCAUUUCGUAAAUUCUAACCGUACUUGUUCAACUGAGGAAGUUGUUGUCUUGUUUGUCGUACAAAAUCAAUUUUAAACAUUUGUAUUUUGAUCUAUUAAUGCUAUUUUAUUGUUGAUAUUUUUUUGUCUUUGUAACUAAUUUGGAUUUUGUAUGCUUAUUAGAUUUGAAUUUUAUAUUUUGAUUAUAA